GUUUUCCCUUGGAAGCAGCCUGGUCUCAGCAUGCGGGGAUGACCAGCAUCCAUCGCUGCCAUGCUGCGAGUACAUCGUUAACACAGUCGACGAGGACUGUGUUUGCGACAUCAUUGAGGUUCCUGAGGUGAUGGGUGCGGGUAUUGGGGUCUCGAGGAUAUGGACGUUUUACCGUAUCUGUGGAGGCACCAAGCCUGUUCCCGCCGAUACGACAGUAUGCCGUGAGCAGUCCCCACCCCCUCCUCCUCCGACGAGUCCACCGCCUCCGCCACCAUCCCAGGGACCCCCAGCCACCACGGAUGACUCUGCUAUGACCAAGUAUAUGGACAAGAUCACUCAUACGCUGACUGAGUCCAUGGUUAGUUCUUAUGCCAUGGGGGGUUUGCUGGUCGUGUCUGUUGGCACUGGCAUCGCCGUGUGGGUUUGGAAACAGUACUCAGAUAAGCACAGGGAGCCGGGGCAGCAUCCUCACGGAGAGGUGGAGAUGCCGCCACUACAUGCCGGACUACGUGGAGAUGCCGCCUCUAUCAUUGGCACAGCAGCUGCACGUCUGCGGAGGUCAGUGACAUCAGCGCCAUCCCUGCUGCGAGUGCGAGCGCCCCAUCCAUCCCUGCUGCGAGUGCGAGCGCCCCAUCCAUCCCGGCUGCGAGCGCCCCACCAGAGCCUGUUUCCGCUCGUGCCAUUGGCACAGCAGCUUGACCUGACCUGACCUGCCGCACGAUUCCCUACACUGUUGCCACGAAUUUCACUGUUGUGCGUAGUGCAUCUCCAUCUCCUAUGGUCAAAACCGCGAGUAUACAUUCAGACGGAGCUGUGCGGCAACGCCAACCGCCAUCGGAGCAGUUCAAACCAUUUUUUUUCCCGCAAAAUGGGAUCAAACAAAGAGACAUUUGCAGGAGUGCAGACACGAGCCAAGUAGAACUCCAACACCCUGGCCCACCCAAAACGGAGGCGGACCCCACAUUUUGUAGGUGGUCGCAUUGUUUCCGUGCACAAUUCCUCACUCUUUUCCUCCAUCCCGUGGAAAAUGAAAAGUUUUUAGAAAUUGUGGAAUUUGACACGGUUAGAGCUAUGGUUUAGUAUCCUCUUCAUCCAGUUCCCGCCCUUUUCCCCCACUCUCUUCUUUCCUCCUGCGCCAACGCAUGGAGCCGGAGGAGACCCUGCCAGAGACGGUUGUGGAGGAUUCGAGCAUCGCGCUCGCCCGAAAGAUCAACUCGGUGACACGGCAAAAUCAUUACAUCAAAGCGAAGGCCGCAAAGGUGGAAAUGCUCAAGAAGCAGAACAUCAACGGAGGGCGUGGUGGUGGCGGACGUGGUGGGGGUCAUGUUUGCCUCCCUCGCCGACCGUGCUGACGUUGCCAUGGCCGGAGCAUUAUAAGGCCCCAUACUACUAUGCUGCCAAGCAGCUAGGUAGGCAGUCCCUGGCACUCGUGGCCGGACAAGUGCCCUACAUUUGCGAACUCAACGUGGCACAGUUGCUUUCCUCAGAGUGUUCAUCGCCGCAGGCACAACGGGUGCGGACGCCUGCUGGGAAGCAGAUGGGUGCACGUACACUGUUUGUUGGUAUGUCUAAAGCGGCUGACCCGACGUACGACAUCGUGGACAGGGAGAUGUUCAACGUGAUCCACGAGGGAAGUGGAGGAGAGGUGUCUAUGAGGAUAGGCAGUUGGAUGACUCGGAGCCCACCCACUACGGCACCUACACCCAAACGGGCACGCAACAGGGCCGUAACUAGUCCAACACCUACACCCAGCCAGGCACGGAGCAGGACUACCCAGUCCGGCACCAACACCCAACUAGGCACGGACUACACAUCAGCAGUAUUGGGCUCCAAAAAGCAGGAGGAGGACGGCAAGGACGAUGAUCCGGAUGAUUUUGGUGGCGAUACGAAGAAGGGGUAGAGGAGAAAGCUUCACCAUGCAUGGUUGGCCACUAGCCUUAAUCCGAUCCAUGGCACCGAGCAAAAGGGCAUAACUUUUGGGCCAACAUUUACACUUGGUUCCAUGGACACAAACAUUUCACGCCCUACUCCGACGCGGUCGUCCGCAACCGUGAAUCGCAGUCCCUGAAACAUAAAUAAAACUAGAAAAAGGCUUAUUAUGCACUAGUCCUCACACAACGACGAUAGUAAGGGAAGGACUGGACCGGCCCAUGUAAGAUAAUUAAGGAGUAGAUCACAUUUGGUUUUGCGAACCUUCUAGCAGGUUCCUGAACCGUUUUUGGACUGGUUUUCUGGUUUCUUUUUUAUUUUUUAUUUUUCAUUUUCUGUUUCUAUCCAUUUUUGCUGGUUUUGUUUUGUUUUGUU